AUGCCGGGCGUGUGUCUUACAGAUCGCGAAGUGACGAACACAAAGCAGGCAAGAGUGACCAAUGGGAUCAAGGAUACCAGUCUGUUUCCAGGUUAUGAGGUUUCUGGUGUUGUAGAAUCGUUCGGUACUGAGAGUACUCCUGAAGAAUAUGACUUGAAGAUCGGCGACAAGGUCAUUGUAUGGCCAACUGAUGAGAUGUGUAGCCACGGAUAUGCCGACUAUGUUGCUGUUCCUACGCUCCAUUUCCUUGUCAAGAUACCUGAUUCACUGUCAAUGCACGUUGCUUCGAUUCUUCCCGCUGGGGCUACUUGGGCGUUGAGUGCAGUGCUGCAGGCUCGACCAAUUGUCGAUGCGUUCGCGCAGUCGAAAGGAUUUUGCAACAUUUUAAUCGUGGGUGCUGGUGGUCUUGGACUAUAUAAAUGCUAUGAGGUUUCUGGUGUUGUAGAAUCGUUUGGUACUGAGAGUACUCCUGAAGAAUAUGACUUGAAGAUCGGCGACAAGGUCAUUGUAUGGCCAACUGAUGAGAUGUGUAGCCACGGAUAUGCCGACUAUGUUGCUGUUCCUACGCUCCAUUUCCUUGUCAAGAUACCUGAUUCACUGUCAAUGCACGUUGCUUCGAUUCUUCCCGCUGGGGCUACUUGGGCGUUGAGUGCAGUGCUGCAGGCUCGACCAAUUGUCGAUGCGUUCGCGCAGUCGAAAGGAUUUUGCAACAUUUUAAUCGUGGGUGCUGGUGGUCUUGGACUAUGGUUGCUGAAAUUGGCAAAACACUUCCUCGUUGCUCAUAAUGAUAAAAAAAUUCGUUUAAUGGUUGCUGACGCGAAAGAAGAGAGGCUCUGCUUGGCUGAGAGGAAUGGAGCCGAUUUUGUGGUUCAUUGGGAUGACUCUGAGUUCGAGGAAUACCUAAUCAUGCGUACUAAAGAUGUAGCACGAACCGGAGUUAAUGUUGUUUUUGAUUUUGUGACAUCGCCGAGAACCGUCACUCGUUCGCUCAAGUGCCUCGCAGAGGGAGGUGUUCUGUUCGUUGGUGGACUAUCUGGAUUGGACGUUCAGCUCCCAAUCAAACUUGUUGCGAAGAAUAGGCUUGCUAUUAUGGGUGUGACGAGAGGAAGCAUCGAACAGCUGAAGAAUUUGGUGCAUCUCAUUGCUGGUGGACAGAUAGAAGCCCCAGACUAUGUCGUUUACCCAGUAAAUCAAGCAUCACAGGUACUUGAAACAGCUUUCAAUGUCGGAAGUGGAAGGAAGAGCCAUUUUGGAAGUGUGCGAUCCGGAUGCUGCUCUAGAUUUGUCGAAAGCUGCUGCAGACUGAGUGCAGGAAAUCCAUCGAUGAAUUGA